GGUCUUGAUGUUUGAUCGAUAAUUUUGCAGAUCUGCUGUUCUAUUACCCAUUGACGACUUACUACCUUUCCUUAAAACAUUAUGGCCGGUAAAGGGAAAAAGAAGCGAAAUAGUAAGGAUUCAACAGAAAGCGGUGGAAAUGGGAAAAAGAAAGGCAAAAAGAAAUCAUCAUCUAAGGGUAAAAGUGCAAAAUUCCAUGGGGAUAUAUUGAACGAGGCUGCAAUGGAGAACGCAUAUUACGUCUGCCACAAUGUACAGGACGUUUUGAAAGCUCGUGGUUUCGUUUGGCCAGAGGCACAGAAGAAGAAACGGAAGGGAAAACGAUGAAGAGUGACUCUAAUCAUCAGGAUCAGCUUCCCUGGUACUACUAUGCUUGGUGCUGUUACUUUGCGACCGUAUAAAACUCUGUGUAAACUUACUCCAAUAGAAAGAUCCUGAUUUUACGAUAAUUCAAAUCAAACAAAAUAAAAUCAGGUUUUGUGUUUUUCCUAGUGGCAUGUGUACGUAUUUGCUAAGAACUCUCGACAGUCACUCAAUCAUGGUUAUCUCGGUUAACUGCCAUUCAUGCGAAGCGCCACAGAUCACUGAGUGCUAAUCUUCCAAGAAGUUGCCCAAGAAAUAAGAUGAAAUGGUUUUUUAGUCAACCCAUUUCACGGGGAAAACUGCCGCAUUUCAAGCUAUACACGCAUCUAUAUAUCCUACAUAAUCUGAUGCAUGUAAGUAGGAAUGUAUGCAGGUAAGUACGCAUUGGCAAGUGAGCCGCCUUGUCACCUAUAAAAAUUGAGCGAUGUGGUGUGGCGUGGAGGAACGUUAAAAGUUAAUGGACAUUCUUGAAAUAUCUUGUACAGGUGGAUAAGAUGUUGGACUUCUUGAUGCUCUCCAGCCUGACUAGCCUGAGCUAGUUGUUUGCAGCGAGCAAGAAUGUAUGCAACAGUAACUGGACUUAAUAACUGUUUUCUCUUAUGAUCGCUUAUGCGCAAUCUAUAAAUUCUAAUGAAGUGAUAAAAAUAAUUCCUGUAAAUACUUUAAUGUUUCCUUUUACUAUUAUUGUUUGCUUGA